AUGAACCACCGAGGGAGAGUCAGUCCUGGAACUGCAGCCCCGGCAGAAGAGAGAAGUUGCUCCUGGCUGAACCCCUGGGUCUUCCUUGUUUCUGUCCUUGCCAUCAAAACUGCCUUUGUAACCAUCUGCCUUGUACAGAUUUCAGAGCUUGUUAACGUAACAGUCUCUUAUGCCCAGUACAAGACUCUGCUCCAGAACGCUACAGAGUGGCGCUGCGUCCCCAGCGGGCCUUGUGACAGGAAGGAGAGCUGGAUGUGCUGCCUGAAGGGCUGGAAACACUUUCAAAACAGCUGCUAUUAUCUGUCAGCUGAUAAGAUGAGCUGGGCUGAGAGUGAGCGGAACUGCACUGGGAUGGGCUCCCACCUGGUGGUGAUCAACACCAAAGCAGAGCAGGAAUUCCUCUUCAACUGGGCGAAAGGAGUAGUUACUAACGCCUAUGAAACAAAAUACUACAUAGGCUUAACUGCUUACGAAAAUGGGCAAUGGCAAUGGGUGGAUCUGACUCCAUAUAAGAAGGCAGCCACGUUCUGGAAACCUGGGGAACCCAAUUUACUCUUUGCAGAAAAAUGUGCUGCAAUUCACAUCAAGGGAAACACAGACACUAACACUUACAGCAACUGGAAUAACAUCCUUUGCUUCACAAGUUGCUAUCGAAUUUGUGAACUGGAAGUCAAAUUUGUCUGA